AAAGAAAUAAAGUUUAUCAAAAUAAGAAAUAGAAAUUUUAUACAAAAUAAAUAAAAAAUAAAUGAAAUUAAAAAUCAAAGAAAAUCACGAAACAUGACUGAAUCAAUUGAAGACUAUCGGACAUCUUGUAGAUUUUGUCUGAAAACCAAAUUCAAAACAAUUUUAUUAACACAAUUUCACAUUUUAAGUUAUCAAGAACUGGCAGGUGAGGAACUAGAUGAGAAUGAGCAGCUUCCAAUGACUAUUUGCCUUGCCUGUAAUCGUGAGAUGAGAAAAUUUCAAGAAUAUCGAACGAAUUUAGUUGAAAAUCAAAGGAAACUCAAAGAAAUGUUAAGAAAAGAUGAAAAUUUAAUAGUAAUUGAUUCGAUGGCAGAAAUUGUUCCUGAAAUAUUCAACAAUGAUGACGAUGUUAGGUCAUUGAAUACUGACAGUACAAUUAGUCAAAAUGAGAUAGAAAUUUUAAACGAUUCAGAGAUUUUUACAACUGAAGUUUUACAAAAUAAUUCGGAACUGCACUCGAAUGAAGUUCAAGUUCCUCAAAUUGAUAUCAAAACAAUUGAAAUUCAAAAAACUAUUCCCAAAAUCAUCAACGUCCCAUCACAAAACAAUCAAAUGAUCUCAAAAUUAUCACAAAAAUCAACCAAAAAGAAAAUUGUUUUGUUCCCUUCAGAAUCAAAGUCUUCGAAACUCAUAUCGGAAAUUUUCAGACGGAGUCAAUUGGAAAAGGCAAAAAGAUAUUCGAAUAGGCAGCUUAAUGAACUUACUUAAACCAUUUUAUUGACUAACAAAAUAGAUUUAAGGAUUAAAUUGUAUUUACAUACAAAUAGUUUGUUUGCAUCAAAAAAUUUCAUUGUAUUUUAAUAUUAAUUUUUCAUUCAUAAGUUAUUUAAAUGAUUAAAAUUAAAUAAAAAUCAGCUUUAGAAAUUUCUUUUUUAAUUAUGUUGGUCCAGUUACGAUGCCAAAAGUUUGUCAAGUUGAGACUUGAAGUUUAUUCAGCUUUUUGGUUAAAUCUAAUGAUUUCUAUCGUAGAAUUUGCUAUAAAUCUCCCUCUGGUAAAGUUAAUUUGUUUUCUAAUGUUCAGAUAUUUUCCCGAGCGACAAUUUAAGGCGAUAGCAGCUGUGCAACUGCUUUUAAAUAGCCUUGCCUUGAACAAAUCGAUUGAAAAGCACUUUUUUAUACUAUCUCGACAUAUGACUGCAACACCACAUGUUUUUUGUUUUUCUGUCUUGCUAAGACAGUCACAAGUUUGUUAACGACUGCUACCGAUUUCAGCAAUGCUGCAUACUUCACAAGUGCUAUCAGAAAUCACUAAUAUAAGUCCAAGAAAUGUUUCCAUGUAUUUCAAAAGAUACUUACUUACUUCUUUGGCCGUACAGAUCAAUUGUGAUCUAUGGCCUCCCUAAGAUGGCACCAGAAGCUGGCUCUAUCGCAUGCUACCGCUUGCAAAUUACUUUAGAUAUUUUAAAAUAAUUGAUUUUGUAGCAUGACACAUUAACUGAUGUUAAGACAGCCUUGCUCGUGGAUGAAAUAUGGAGGUCAGGAGUUGCC